AUGACAGCCAUAACUCCGCUGAUAAAAUAUUUUACAGAGCUGAGGUUAAGAAUUGAAUGGAUUGAAUUGGACUUGAGAAUAAAUCUCACUUUUUGCCAGCCUUCUUCGUGGAAGCAGAUUUAUUCCCAAAGAAAAGCCGCCAGAUUUAAGUUGACCAGUAAUUCCCAACCAAAGCUGUCGAAUUGCCAUGAGAAUGAAAAUAUCUUUAGGCUAAAGAUGACUGCAAAAUACUUCAUGAUUUAUAUGUUGGGUAACCUUAUGGAAAAUAUCUAG